AUGACACUGCUGUCACGUCCUCAGCACUGUCUGAGGCUGGGCUGGCUGGUCCUCUACGGCCUCGCUGUGCUGCUGCUCAGCUGCCUGCUCUUCCUGAACAGGGCGGCCAAGCCCACAGGGGCCCCCAGCGCCCGCCAGCCCUUCUGGGCUCCCCCGGGGCCCCGCCACAGCCCGUGUCCACCCAACCACACAAUGGCUAAUGCCUCCCUGUCCCUGCCUCGCCGUCACCGUCUCUUCUUGACCUAUCGCCACUGCCGCAACUUCUCCAUCUUGCUGGAACCUUCAGGCUGUGCCGAGGACACCUUUCUGCUCCUGGCCAUCAAAUCGCAGCCCGGCCACGUGGAGCGCCGUGCAGCCAUCCGCAGCACCUGGGGCCGGGCGGGGGCCUGGGCGCGGGGCCGGCAGCUGAAGCUGGUGUUCCUCCUAGGGGUGGCGGGGCCUGCACCCCCAGCCCAGCUGCUGGCCUAUGAGAGUCGGGAGUUUGACGACAUCCUACAGUGGGACUUCACUGAGGACUUCUUCAACCUGACACUCAAGGAGCUACACCUGCAGCGCUGGGUGGCAGCUGCCUGUCCCCAGGCCCACUUCACGCUAAAGGGAGAUGACGAUGUCUUUGUCCAUGUCCCUAAUGUCCUGGAGUUCCUGGACAGCUGGGACCCAGCCCAGGACCUCCUGGUGGGAGACGUCAUCCGCCAGGCUCUGCCUAACAGGAACACCAAGGUCAAGUACUUCAUCCCACCCUCCAUGUACAGGGCCCGCCACUACCCGCCCUAUGCAGGGGGUGGAGGGUAUGUCAUGUCCAGAGCCACCGUGCAGCACCUCCAAGCAGCUGUGGAAGAGGCUGAGCUCUUCCCCAUUGAUGAUGUCUUUGUGGGUAUGUGCCUGAGGAAGCUGGGGGUGAGCCCCAUGCACCAUGCUGGCUUCAAGACAUUUGGGAUACGGCGGCCCCUGGAUCCCCUGGACCCCUGCCUGUACAGAGGGCUCCUCCUGGUGCACCGCCUCAGCCCCCUGGAGAUGUGGACCAUGUGGGCACUGGUGACAGACGAGGGGCUCAAGUGUGCAGCUGCCCCAUUGUCCCAGCUCUGAGGGGUGGGCUGAGCGAGUGGGCUGAGUGUAGAUUUUCCUGUCACAGAAAUUGAGAAACAUGAACCAUGAUGGUCUCCAGGAAGUGCUGACUUAGUUUUUGUAACCUCCUCCCAAACUUCUCUAACGUUGAUUAAAAACACUGGAACCUGGCUAACUUGGAUGGCACGUGUUGAAUGGGAGCCCAAGCAUAGCAAAUGCUGCCAGAAGUCCCCAGGGUGGGUGGGUGUGU